UCUUACUCUUUUUCUUCGGGCUUGGGCCUGGCUCAGGUGAAGCUGGGGGACUGAGGCUUGAGUGGUCGCCGUGAGAAUGGGGAAGGGAGGGCUGAGGGCUUUAGGCCCUGGGGACUCCCUCUGUUCUGGAGAGGGUGGAAAUGGGCCUCCUAGGCACCUUUGGGCCCGGGCUGGGCAGAGGCCAGGCCAGCAUGCCCUAGGAGUUGGUCGGUGGUCCCUGAGGCCAGCCUGAUUCGGAAGAGUGUCGUGGGGCACUCGGAGGCCCUUAGGGCUCUGCGUGGGGUCACUGGCCAUGAGGUAGGCCUCUGGAUGGUGAGAGGAUGUCUGGGGUCUCUGGACUGAGUCUGCAUCCGGUGACUGGAAAGAGAGGCCUGUGACUCUCCAGAGGUCAUUGGGAGUCACUGGCCAAGAGAUGAAACUAGUGUGCCCUUAAGAAGUUGUCUGGGGUCUUUGGAUCCAGCCUGGGCUGAGAGUGGACGUUCAUGAGGUUGAAAGUCCAACGGGAAGCUGUCAAGGGUCACUGCCUCCAGGCUGCACUGGGAACACGUGGCUGCAAGGCUUUUAGGGGUCUGAGUUGAGGUGCUGUUAGCAGAUUUUUCCAAUAUUGGUUCCAAGUUGGACAACGUGGCCAAGAGGUUAAGCCUGUGGUCUUCUGGAGGUUCUGGGGAGGGGGGUCUCCAAAUCCCAGCCAGGUGGGUUGCCCUCUAUGAGGUAUAAUUGCCUUUGGUGGCUCUAGACAGAAGCAGGAUGGGUUGUGUCUGGGGCCUUUCCGUCCCCGUCCGCACCUCUUCCACAAACUCUUUCUGGUCCUUCCCAGAAGACAUCAGGCUGUAAGCAUGGGGCAGGUGCAUGGGAAAGAUGGGUGUUGUAGUGGGCACAGGAAGAGAUGUGUGAGAUAUCCUGCUCUUUAGGAAAUCACCGAGGUUGACUUUACCGAAGAUCUUUUUGUAUUUAUGGGCCAAGUUCUUGAUGUUUAAUCUCACACAGCUUUUCAAGCUCUACCUGGAAUUAAAGCUUUCAGAGUGCUUUCAUGUACACUCAUGGAACCAGGGGUGCAGGAUGCAAGGGGAUGGUCUAUGAGUGGAUUUCAAGGGUCUGUGAGCUCCUGGAAAUCAUAAGAAAAAUUGUAUGCAUGAGUUGGAUUUUUUUGGGAGGAGAGGGCAAAAUUGGUCACAAGGUAAAGUGAGAAGGAGUAUUUAACCUGUCCAAGGAUGGGCUUUGCUUAGUAAUAUGAGCAUUAUAAAGGACUGAGAGGCAAAAAUCAUACCUCCUUUUCCACAUACUUCUCAUACAGUGGUGUCCUACCUAUUCUCUCCUACCCACUCUACCCUCUCCCAGGAUGCAGGCUGUCCUCAUCACCUGCGGUUUCCUGGCUCCACCCCAGGGAGACAACUGCAGGUGAUUCCCACCGAGUCAGCCUGGGAAGUAGAAGGGGCGCAAGGUUUCUGAGACUAAGGAGGGGAGAACUUUCAAGAACAGAAACAGUCAGCAGUGUCCCUAUCUUUCUAAGUCAGAGUGCUAUUUGUUUCUGCUUCUGCUGUCACUGCUCAGUGCGAGAUGGCUCGGGUUGUGCAGUCAAGAAUGCAGUGAGACAGAGGGGGCUAGAGUGUUACCAGCCAAGGGCUGAGGUAUAGAGGCCCUAGACAUAUCCCUAAGGAGGCGGUCUCGAAAGGGAUAUCCUUAAGUGGGGUAAACACCAAGUGGGAGGCAAGAUGGGAUUUCCCAUUCUUGGGGGCUUUUGUUCACUGAAUGGGGAGUUCCCUUGCCCCUUCUCCUCCUUUUUAGGUUUCCUGAAAGCCCACUGACACUGUCAACUACAUUUGGGUUUACAGAGGAUGCUGCCCUUUGAGCAGUCUCCAGUUCUCUUGAUCAAUGGGCAAACCACACCAGUGGGGGAGCUGAGUCACAGGCACAUGAUAUAGGGCUGGGAGGUGAGGGGGACCACACUCCACUGGGUGAUGAUGUAAUCGUCCAGGCCCCUGCACCUUUCCUUCUACACUUUGGUUAUCUCCCUCAUGGCUUUCCCCACUGAUUCCAUUUCUUCAGGGAUUGUGUAUUUCUAUGUUGGAGGAAGGAUGUUUCCCUCUGUAUACAUAUGUAUCAGGGAUUGCUGCUUUUAUGUGUCCAGGCCAAGUAUCUUUUACGCUUGAGACUAUGCUGUUCCUCCCUCCCCUUUCCACCACGGACCCUGCACUGUGGCCUUUCUCUCAGAACCUCUAAAAUUGGUACCCAGGCAAGGCACAAUGCCCCUGUCCCCAACGAGACUGUCUAGCCCCUAUGGCUCUGAUCGGCUGGUACGGCUAGCAGCCAGCCUCCGGCCAGCACUAUGUGAUACCCUGAUCACUGUGGGGAGCCAAGAGUUCCCUGCCCACAGCCUGGUGCUGGCAGGUGCGAGCCAGCACCUGGGCCGCAGGGGCCACUGGGCUCUGGUGAAAGGCAUCAGCCCUUCCACCUUUGCCCAGCUUCUGUACUUUGUUUAUGGAGAGAGCGUAGAGCUGCAACCUGGGGAACUGGGGCCCCUUGAGGAGGCGGCCAGGGCCUUGGGGGUGCAGUCCCUGGAAGAGGCAUGCAGGAGGGCUCGAAGGGACAGGGCUAGAGAAGAGCUGGGUCCAGGACUUAAGGAACAGCAGGAGGAGCCAGAGAAACUCACAAGGGGUUCUGAGAGAGGAGUGGGGGGCCUUGGAGAGAAGCAGAGACCAGAGAAGUUUAUUAGAGCUAGUGGGAGAGAACAGGAGACAUUGCAUGAGCACAGGCCAACAAGAGAGAACCCUGAGAUGGCAGAGGCAACGAGUGAGAGCCAGGGGGAGCAGAUGAGAUUAAAGGAGAAACUCAACCAAUUCCCUGUUGGCCGUGGGGGAGUAGAUGGGAAGCAAGAAGUGAUCAUGUGGGUGAGGGAGACUCCAGGGGGCUCUGAGGAAAGUCUGCAGGAGUUCCCUGGCCCCCUUCUCCCACCAAGUUCCCUCCAAACCAGCAUCACCCCUAGGCCCUGGUGGGCUGAGGCCCCUUGGUUAGGGGAGGGCCAGCCUGCCCUGUGGAGCAUCCUGCUGUUGCCGCCCAGAUAUGGCACUCCCUACUCCCAUAGCACCCCCAUCACUGGAACCUGGCAGGAGCUCUGGCCUCAGGACCAGAGGAUCCCACUGUCCCUGAACCUCCCCAAAGGGCUCUGGAGCCAGAACCAGUUGGCCUCCUCCAGCCCAACCCCAGGUUCCCUCCCCCAGGGCCCCACACAGCUCAGCCCUGGGGAGACUGAAGAGUCUGAUCAGAGGCACACAGGUACACUUGCAACUUGUGUGGGUCAUGUGGGCACAGUAGGCCAUCCAUCUUGCCAGCACCCUACCCUGCCCCCUCCUGCUCGGUCCAGGCCCUAUUCUUGUUCUGUCUGUGGAAAGAGGUUUUCACUGAAGCAUCAGAUGGAGACGCACUACCGAGUUCACACAGGAGAGAAGCCCUUCUCCUGUAGCCUCUGUCCCCAGCGCUCCCGGGACUUCUCCGCCAUGACCAAGCACCUACGGACGCAUGGGGCCGCACCCUACCGCUGCCCUCUGUGCCAGGCCGGCUGCCCCAGCCUGGCUUCCAUGCAGGCGCACAUGCGCGGCCACUCGCCCAGUCAGCUCCCGCCUGGAUGGACCAUUCGCUCCACCUUCCUCUACUCCUCCUCUUCCUCGAGGCCAUCCCGGGCCUCGACCUCUCCCUGUAGGCCUCCUUCCUCCACCACCUGACCGGGUGUCGGUAGCUCCUUUGGCUUCAGCCAAGAGUACAAUUAAAGAAUGAAGGACAGGCCGGCGGGCUGGCUUCUGAUCCAGCACCGCGGCUACGGCAGCCUAGCCCAUUCGGCCAAGAAGCGCUGCAGGAAGGGCGCCGAGAGCCCUCUCCAAGACGAUGGCAGGCCGCAGAAUCCUGGGCCAGCGAGCCCGUGUCGGGUGAGGGCAGUGACGUUUGCACUAGUGAAGGUUAACUGUGCGGGGACUGGCGAUUUCAUCACCAAAAUAAAGAGUUUCCUGUGCCCUCCUCUCAGGACAAGAAAGUCAA